CAACGCAUUAAACGCAUAUACCAGGGGCCGAAGGCUGUAAAGGAUAAACGCGGAGUAAUCCACACCUCGCGUCGUAACAAGCUGACUCCAGGGAUAAUCAUGCGUAACAUUGAGAUCAAAGCCGUAAUUCGAGAUAUUGAACAUACCAUUUCAAAAGCUACAGAGCUGAGCGACACAGCUCAGACUGAAAUUAAGCAACAUGAUAUCUUUUUCAAGACAAAGGAAGGAAGAUUAAAAUUACGAAAGUUUAAGGAUGGUACUGCAGAGUUAAUCUUGUAUAAGAGACCUGAUGUUUCUGGACCAAAGUUGUCUACCUAUGACAAAGUAUCGUUAAAUUCAGAUAUUGUUGAGUCAAUCGAAAGUAUUUUGACCCAAUCUAAUGGUAUACUAGGAGUUGUUAAAAAAACAAGACUCUUAUUCAUUGCUGGACAAACUCGAAUACACAUUGACAAAGUUGAUGGUUUGGGUAAUUUUAUAGAACUAGAGGUAGUGUUGAAAGAAGAUCAAGAUAUAAUAACUGGACAGAAGAUUGCUGACGACCUCAUGCAAGCAUUGUUCAUAAAAAAAGAUGACUUAAUCGCGGAAGCAUACAUAGAUCUGCUUAAUUCCAAAACAUAAGUAUUGUUUAUUCUGAUGUUUACAUACUUUGUAUUUCCAUACAGAUGUAAAAAAUAAUAAAUAAUUGAUUUACUUAUUCCAUGGUAUAAAAGUAUAACACAGUUCUAUUUUCUGCAAUAAAUUACGUGCCUCACGUAAUAGCAGUUUAUCUCAUUUUUCCAUUAAUUGACGUUUUACUUUUGGACGUCUGUUCUUUAUACCUGCACUUGAAAUAAGUUAAUUGUAUAA